AUCGUAUGUUUGGCGGCCAUACUGGAAAACUCUUUGUUGUAGCUUUUUUCACAAUGCUGUUAGACACCUAUGAUCAGUGUCAAUAGUUUGACGCUCCAGGGGCAUCGAAAUGAUGCUUUCCUCAUUAGUUGUAGUUUAUGUGAUGUUCAUGUGUUUCCAUUUUUCUCUCGGUGACAACUACGUACUUGAUGAUAAAUCUGGAUUAGGACGAACAUUUGACGGCAUUGGUGGUUUGAGUGGUGGAGGGGCAACCUCUCGUCUCCUUGUCAAUUAUGCUGAGCCAUAUCGUAGCCAGAUUCUAGACUACCUAUUCAAGCCAAACUUUGGAGCCUCUCUUCACAUAUUGAAAGUUGAAAUAGGAGGCGAUGCUCAGACUACAGAUGGAACGGAGCCUUCUCACAUGCACUAUGAAAAUGAUGAGAACUAUUUCCGGGGCUAUGAAUGGUGGCUGAUGAGGGAGGCCAAGAAGAGGAACCCCAAUAUAACACUCAUAGGUUUACCAUGGGCCUUUCCAGGAUGGGUUGGCCAUGGAAAGAACUGGCCAUAUGACUUUCCUGAUAUUACUGCCUACUAUGUAGUGUCCUGGGUCAUUGGUGCAAAGCAGUAUCAUAACUUGGAUAUAGAUUAUAUUGGGAUAUGGAAUGAGAGGAACUUUGACGGGAAGUACAUUAAGCUGCUACGCUACACGCUGGAUAAGUAUGGGCUGGACAAGGUCAAAAUCAUAGCCAGUGACAACCUGUGGGAGCCCAUUACAUUCUAUGUGCUUCAGGAUGGAGAACUCAGCGAUGCUGUAGAUGUUCUAGGAGCUCACUAUCCUGGCACUACAACUGUGAUAGACGCCUUAAAGACGGAGAAGAAGUUGUGGUCAUCGGAAGACUACAGCACGUUCAAUGAUGAAGUGGGCGGGGGCUGCUGGGCCCGCAUCCUCAACCAGAACUACGUCAACGGCAGGAUGACUGCAACCAUAUCCUGGAACUUGGUGGCGAGUUACUACGAGAGUCUGCCGUUUGGACGAGAUGGCCUAAUGACCGCUGAGGAACCGUGGAGUGGCAACUACGUAGUGGAGUCCCCCAUCUGGAUAACCGCUCACACCACCCAGUUCACCCAGCCGGGCUGGACCUACCUGCAGACUGUCGGCCAUCUCAAGAACGGAGGAAGCUAUGUGGCUCUGACCGACCGCAAUGGCAAUCUCACUGUCGUCAUAGAAACCAUGACUCAUGAUCACUCUGUUUGCAUAAGACCUCCGCUUCUUCCCUUUGAGGUCACACCUCAGAAUGUCACAUUCUACCUGAAGGGAUCCUUUGCUUCCGUAUCACAGCUUCAGUUGUGGAAGUCCCGGUUUGAUUUCAAAACCAAAAAGCCUGUCUUCUUCCAGAAGCUGGACCCAGUAAAGAUUUCUGACGGAUCUUUCACCCUUAGUCUGGAUGUUGAUGAAGUCUAUACUCUAUCCACCAUAACUACUGCUCAGAGAGGGGCUCAUCCCGAUCCACCCCCCUCUGCGCCUUUCCCCAAGCUAUAUAAGGACGACUUCAAUGUCCGAAACCCUCAAUUCACAGAGGCCCCAGACUUUGCUGAUCAGACUGGAGUUUUUGAGUACUUCAUCAAUCUCACAGACCCUGGCCCACAUGUUUUCACCCUGCGUCAGGUGGUCACCCAGCGACCGAUUACCUGGGUAACAGAUGCUGAUCAGACCAUUAGCGUCAUUGGGGAUUACUCAUGGCAGAAUAUUACAGUCACCUGUGACGUCUUCAUUGAAACAGCCAAAACUGGGGGGGUGUUCAUCGCUGCCAGAGUGGAUAAAGGUGGUGGAAAUGUCAGAAACUCCAAGGGGAUAUUCUUCUGGGUUUUUGCCGAUGGCACUUACAAAGUCACCAGUGACAUAAAGGGAGAAACUGUUCUUGUUAAGGGUAAAUCAGGACCAUCAUCUGAUAUUUGGUACACGCUAUCCCUUACUAUCAAGGGUGACAGCACCUCAGGGAUGCUGAAUGGAUCUCCGCUUUGGAAGAGUGGGAUGGUGUCAGUCCCAAAAAAUGGAUGGGCAGCCGUUGGGACCAGCUCCUUUGAGCUUGCACAGUUUGAUAAUUUCUCAAUAGAGGCAGAGUGAUUUUGACUUUAUGUUUUCUGUGGCCUUUUGUGAUAGUCACCUUGCCAUUGAUUACUUGCAUAAAUACAGAUUCUCUGAAAACUGUUCAUUUGAGCCAUGCAACAAUGUGCAAGUUAUGAAUUACAUACGCAGUCACAACAAUAGCAGAAUGGUUUCCACUUGUUUAUGCAUCACCCAAGUAAUGAUUCCCAUUGGGAUAUAAGAUGUUUGCACUUUGAAUCAAUUCAUGCCUUUUAAUCCAACACUGGAAGCUUGCUUUUUACUUUUUCUUUUAAACAGAAAUAUGCAUUUGCAAAAAGUAACAUUUUAUAGAUCUUCAUCAUGAAGACUUCAUGUGUUUUGAAAUGCCUUAAUGUUUACCAAAGCGUGAUGUCCAAGGAAAAGCUUGAAGGGUACAAUGCACAGUCUUACUUUUGAUUACUACUGUGAAAAUGUCAAUUUGUCUACAUGUCUUAACAGCUCGUGUGAGUCAUUGUUAUACAAUGGACUUUUCUGUUAGGCUGAAAUAAACAUGAUUUUUAAGCCA